GUAGAGAAGCGCUCCUUUCGCUCCCCAAGAUGGCGGCGGCCUGCGAGGCGCCGGUGCGGCUGCGGCUGCUGUUCGACUACCCACCCCCGGGGAGCCCGGCCUGCGGUCUGUGCUGGCUCCUGCUGGAGCCUAGCCAAGUGCGCCUCGUCACCGACCUCAUCAGCCUCAUCCGGGACAAGUUCGGUUUCAGCCGCCGCGCCAAGCUCAGCCUCUUCCUGGACGGGGCGCUCCUGCCGCCCACCGAGAGCGCGCGCCUCGUGCGGGACAACGACUCCCUCCGAGUCAAAUUGGAAGCAGUAAUCGGAGAAGACAGCUGUGAUCGAAUCACCAACGGUUUCAAUAACAUUUCAAAAAAACAGAGAAAACGACACAGGCAAAAGUUAGAAGCAUAUGAUUCUGAAAGUGAAUAUGACGAGCACAGAAAAAGGAAGAGGAGCAAACAGCAGUAUAAACAUUCCUCCAGCCAGGAAGAGGAUGUUUCAAAUAUGGACUCUGUAUCACGUAAGAAAAGCAAGUCAUCAGGGGCUGAAUUAGAAUGUAAGAGGGAUGACAAUACUUAUUUCAAGAAGAGUAAAAAGGGAGGUCACAGAGAGAGACCUCGGGAGAUAGAAGCACACAAAAAGAAGAGAAAAGCAAGUACGUUUGAAGCAAAUAAAACCUUACAAAAGAACAAAAAGACUUUCCCUUUGAGCCCCGGUCCAAAGAACACAGCAAACAACAUAAAAGUACGAUCUGACUCCAAGAACAAUGGAUCUUCUAGCAAUUCUUCCACUUCAUCAUCAGACAUUGAUGAUAGUACAGCAGGCACCAAACAGAAACAUCCAUUUACAACUAAGGUGGCAUCACAGCACACAAACAAAUCACAGCUAGCAUCUCCUGUAACAUCUGUUUCUCCUGGUAAGCUUAGUGCUAAGCAUAAAGAAAGAAAUUCUCUUGAGGCAGCUAAAAGUAAGAAGGCCAAGAACCAGUCUUCUAGCUCAGAAUCCGAUUCAACCUCAGAGGAAGAGGAAAAUCAGCAAAGUAGGAACCUAAAAGACAAACGUUCGUAUAAUAAUCAAAGAACUGGUAGUGACUUAACUUCAAAGACAAAAACAACUUCCUCUUCUGGGUCUGAUAGUUCAGAAUCAAAGACCUGUAUUAUUAAAAAGCCCAAUGUGAAUGCUGUUGUCAACCGGUCUUUAGGAGGAAAUGGCAGCCAGCAAGUGCUACCUGCUGCUUGUGGACUAGGUACAGGUUCCAGUAACAAUCAAAGGGGCCGUGGAAGAGGAGAGAACCCUUUUUGGAGAGGACCUAGGGUUCGGGGAUGUCGAGGGAUAGUCCGGGGCCGAGGCAGGGGGAGAGGAGAAAACUUGAACGCAUUCUGUAAUAAUACAAAUGAACACCAAAAAGAGCAACAGUUAAAUGAAUCAGCAACAAACUCUUCAGUCAUUAUCAAGAAUCCCGUGGAGGUUCCAAAGAAGGACUAUAGCAAACUACCUCUGUUAGCUGCCCCUCCACAAGUAGGCGAGAAAAUUGCUUUUAAGCUGUUGGAGCUAACUGAAAAUUACAGUCCAGAAGUAUCCAAUUACAAGGAAGGGAAAAUUGUCAGCUGGAACCCUAUUGACAAAGAGUUAGAACUGGAACUUCUUUCUUUUUCAUCAGUGGCCAAAGUACCAGGAAAGUUUGAUUUGGUUUACCAGUCUGCAGAUGGAGAUGAAACCAUAGAAUAUGCAGUCUCUCCAGGUAGAAAGAUAACUCAAAAUUGGGAUGUCCUGAUCGAGCCACGAUUAAUAGUUGAUUCUCCUAAUAAUGAAUCAAGCACUGAAAUCCCUCCAGUGUGUGAACCCACAGGUCCCGUGUGUAAAUAGUUUGUAAAGUUCUUUACUUCUGUACAUUUUUUAAAAAAUAAAGGAUUUAUAAAAAAAAAUGAAAGAAGCCUAAAAA